AUGUUUUUUAAUAAGUUGGUUAGUAGAAAGACGAGUUAUUUUCUUUAUGAUAUAAAAAGAUAUAAUUUGAAUUAUAAAUUACAUUUGAAAUAUAAACAAUGGGAUUAUUUAAAAAGAGAGAUGAUAAAUUAUUUUAAUAACAAUAGAAAGGUUAAUACAGAUGUAGAUAUCGAGGCAAAAUGUUGGGAGAAAUUUAAGAAAAAAGAAUUAAUACAGGCAAAUGGGUAUAUCCCUGCAAUUAUAUGGAAAUAUGGAAUUGAGGAACGAAUAUGUAUAUCUCAUAAAUUAAUUGACGAGUAUGCAUUUGAAGAAGAAGACGGUCAUUUGUCAUUACUAUUUUCGGCAAGGUUGUUUCGUGUACAUAUUAAUGGGAAGGUAGUAAAUUGUGUAGUGUCUCAUGUGGAAGCUGAUCCAAUUGAGAAACAUAUUUAUUUUUUAAAGUUUGCAAGAGUAGUAGAAAAUGAAAUAACGGAAAUAAACGUUCCAUGUAGUAUAAUAGGAUUGAUCGGGUGUCCUGCUUAUAUAAAUGGAUACCACGUUCAGCUAGCUAUGAAUUAUAUAAAAUGUAAGGUCCUUGGAAAUAAUAUACCAGGGCCUUUUCAAAUUGAUGUUUCGAAGUUGACAUAUAAGGAGCCUUAUAAUUCGAUAAAAUUAAAAGAUUUAUUGUAUUUAUUACCGGAUGAUGGAAAUGUAAUUUUUUCUGAGGAAUAUAAUUUAGACGAAACUGAAGUAGUAUGGACUUACGAACCUGGAAAGAUAAUGGAAACUCCUUUACCAAUGGAAACUCCUUUACCAGAUGAUUAUAUUGAUGCUAAUUUUGUUAAUAAAAGAGGCAAAAGAAUUCAACUAACAUAUAAGGAUUAUUGGCCCAAACAAUAA